AUGGAUGAUUUACAUAUCGGAGUGACAACAUCAAGAGGUACUGUUAUAUCAUAUGAUUGGAAUGGAGUCAGUGAGGAUACAGACGAUUGGCAAGAAUGUUUAGUUGUGUUUCAAUUAAAUGACCAUUGUAUGGAAACACAUUGGGAUACUAUAUUAACAAAUAUAGUCAAAAAUGAGUUUUGGGACAGUGCUAGAUACAAUGAAGAGGAUCACAAUUGUUUUUCGUUCAUAAUGGCUUUCAUAAAACAGUUCAACGUCUUCAAAUCACCGGUACAUCCUGUUGAAACUAGAGAAGACUUUGCUGAAUUGUACGUAGCUCCAACCACGUUAAAAGCUUAUAAAUACAUUUAUCUAUACAGAAAAAUAACUGAAACUGGUUUCUAUAUUUACAGCCAACCUUCGAAUGAAAUCUUAUGUACAUAA